UCUCUCUCUCUCUCUCUCACAUUGAUUUUUCCUAUGGAAUUAACGGGCAUUGUCCAGUCUCUUGAGCACAAGACCAUCUUGGUCACUGGUGCUGCUGGCUUUCUAGCGAAAAUUUUCAUAGAGAAAGUGUUGAGGGUCCAGCCAAACAUCAAGAGGCUUUAUCUUCUGUUAAGAGCUCCAGAUACAGAGUCGGCUGUAGAGCGACUGCAUAAGGAGGUGAUAGGAAAGCAAGUUUUUAGGAUUUUGAGAGAGAAAUAUGGUGCCGGCUUAGACUCCUUCAUCUCGGAGAAGGUGACUAUGGUUGCUGGCGACAUCGCUUGCGAAGACUUGGAUAUCGAUGACGCCUCAGAUUUAAGGGAAGAGAUGUGGAGAGAGAUCGACAUCAUCGUAAACAUAGCUGCCACAACCAAAUUUGAUGAGAGAUAUGACGUGUCUUUAAGUGUGAAUACAAUGGGAGCUAAGCAUGUUCUAAGCUUUGCAAAGAGAUGUGUGAAGCUACAGAUGCUUCUCCACGUAUCUACUGGUUAUGUCGCGGGAGAACAGGCAGGGACCAUAUUGGAGAAACCGUUCAAGAUGGGUGAAACACUGAAUGGGAUACCUGGGUUAGACAUCGAACAGGAGCUCAAACUAGUGGAGGAGAAAUUGAAAGAACUCCGGGCUUUGGGAGCCUCCAAAGAAACUGAGACAGAUGCCAUGAAAGAUUUGGGACUAAACAGGGCAAGAAUCUAUGGUUGGCCGAACACCUACGUCUUUACAAAGGCUCUGGGAGAGAUGCUUCUCGGAAGACAGUUCAGAGAGAAUCUACCACUUGUUAUUAUUCGCCCAACCAUCAUAACAAGCACAUACAGAGAACCAUUCCCUGGUUGGAUUGAAGGGUUGAGAACCACCGAUAGCUUGUUUGUUGGUUACGGUAAGGGGAGAAUAACAUUCUUCCUCGGUGAUCCGGAUUCGAUUAUUGAUGUGAUCCCAGGGGACAUGGUUGUGAAUGCAAUGAUUGUGGUUAUGGCAGCCCAUGCAAAUCAAUGUGGUGAGUUCAUCUACCAAGUUGGGUCAUCCCUAAGAAACCCAGCAAAAUUUGCCUUACUUCAGGAUUAUUGCUAUCAAUACUUUUCUAAGCAUCCAUGGAUUGAUAAAGAUGGAAAGCCUAUCAAGAUUGGCAAAGUUACAAUAUUUAACACCAUGGACAGCUUCCACAAAUACAUGGCUAUCCGUUAUAUGCUACCAUUGAAGGCUUUACAACUGCUGAACAUGGCAACUUGCCAAUAUCUCCAAAGCAUAUAUAACAAUCUUUCUCGGAAGAUAGACUUUGUAAUGCGGCUAGUGGAGCUUUAUGAGCCUUACUUGUUCUUCAAAGGAGUCUUUGAUGACUUGAACUUGGAAAAGUUGCGAAUCGCAAUGGAGGAUGCGGCGGAGAAAAAUAUGUUUUGUAUUGAUCCAAAGUGUGUUGACUGGGAAGACUACUUCUUGAACAUUCAUCUCCCUGGGCUCAUAAGAUACGUUUUUCAAAUGACAACUCCAGAGAUUGGGAAGCUAUAGAUCGAU